CCGAACAUUAUCGCAAAAGAAGAGGAAGAGAAGUAUAUUACAGUGAAAGGAGAGGAAUUCGUUUUUAGAAUGAAAAAGGAUGAAGAGGAGGCUAUCACAUCGAAUGAAGAGGAGGAUGUUACAGUGAAAGAACCUUUUGGCGUGAAAGAGGAAGAGGAGGAAGAAGCUUUCAGAAUUAAGGAGGAGGAAGAGGAGGCUAUCACAUUCAAAGAAGAGGUUGUUAUAGUGAAAGAGGAAGAGGCUGUAACAGUGGAAGAGGAGGAGGUAGAAGCUUUCAGAAUGAAAAAGGAGGAAGAGGAGGCUGUCACAUUCAAAGAAGAGGAUGUUAUAGAGGAAGAGGGGAUAGAGGCUGUAACAGUGGAAGAGGAGGAGGUAGAAGCUUUCAGAAUGAAAAAGGAGGAAGAUGAGGCUGUCACAUUGAAAGAAGAGGAUGUUAUAAUGAAAGAAGAGGAAGAACCUUCUAGAGUGAAAGAGGCAGAGGAGGCUAUUUCAAUAAAAGAAAAGGAGGAAGAUGUUUUGGGAGUGAAAGAGGGUGAGGAGGAAGAAAUGGAGGAGGAGACUGGAGAUCUGAUUAACACCACAGGAGGGAGACCAGACUCUCACUCUGACAGUGGUUAG